AUGCAACGUCCUGGAACCUUCCAGAGUGCGAAGACUGAUGUUUCCUCCAUCAGUCCUUUCCGCGGUUCCGCCAACGUAGCGUUUCCUCCUAAAACCGUCGCGCUUCGUGCGCCGUCAUUCGCAUCCUCGCGUCCACGUGUCGCUCUCAGCCUGAAGCAACACCGUCAAUCGCGGGUCGCGCUCUCCUCUUCCUUCGCCUCUCCUUCGUUCUCCACCUCUCUCUUCCACUCUCAUCCCUCGUGUUCGUCUCCCCAUUCGUCUCACACGCGGCUUUCCAAAACUCGCCUAUCCGUACGCGCUACAGCAAUCCCCGCUUCUGUCACCACCGCUGUGCAGCCAAUCGUCGAUGCCUUCCUUCUCCAGCCUGCCACGUGGCAAUCCGCUCUCCUUGUCACGUCCACAAUUUUCGCAGUCGGUCUGCCCGGACUGCUCGCAGGGCUGACCAUGCCGGGGGUGCUGUCCGCGUUUCUCCUGGGUGUGACUGGCACACUGGUAACGAAGGUAAAGCUGAAGCAGAAGCAGCAGGAGGGGAUAGCGGAGAAGCGGAGCGGGCGGCGGGGGCCGUGGAGUGUGGUGGGAUCAGCUGCUGCUGCGGUGGUGUGCUGCCUGGGAGCCAUUGCUGCUGCAGGAGGGGGAGCAGGAGGGGGGAUGGAGGGGGUGGUGCUGCCGAGUGUGGCGGUGUGGCAGUUGGGGUAUGUGGCCAGCUUUGCUACCAAGCUGUCGGACACUGCUGGCAGCGAGAUUGGCAAGGCGUUCGGCAAGCGCACUUUCCUGGUGACUUCCUUCCAGCCAGUUCCCAGGGGCACAGAGGGCGCAGUGAGUCUUGAGGGAACGUUGGCAGGUCUGGCGGCUGCUGUGGUGCUUGCACACCUUUCGCCAACCGUCGAUGCCUUUCUCCUCCAGCCUGCCACGUGGCAAUCCGCUGUCCUUGUCACGUCCACAACUUUCGCCGUCUUGCUGCCCGGACUGCUCACCGGGCUGACCGUUCCAGGGGUUCUGUCCGCGUUUCUCCUGGGCCACACUGGUAACGAGGUGAAGCUGCAUCAGAAGAAGGAGGAGGAUCAAAGGGACGAAACACACCUUCUCAUUGCUUCUCCUUCUUUCGAACCCCUGUUUCUCUGCUCCCAGGGCACACUGGUAACGAAGGUGAAGCUGAAGCAGAAGCAGCAGGAGGGGAUAGCGGAGAAGCGGAGCGGGAGGAGGGGGCCGUGGAGCGUGGUGGGAUCAGCUGCUGCUGCGGUGGUGUGCUGCCUGGGAGCCAUUGCUGCUGCAGGAGGGCGGAUGGAGGGGGUGGUGCUGCCGAGUGUGGCGGUGUGGCAGUUGGGGUAUGUGGCCAGCUUUGCUACCAAGCUGUCGGACACUGCUGCCAGCGAGAUUGGCAAAGCCUUCGGCAAGCGCACUUUCCUGGUGACUUCCUUCCAGCCAGUUCCCAGGGGAACAGAGGGCGCAGUGAGUCUUGAGGGAACGUUGGCAGCCCUCUUUUGUAUGCUGGCAUCACAAUUUGCGACAUGCAUGGACUUCACAGCUCAUUCCACUCUGCAUCUUGCAUUCUUGUGCCCCAUUCACCCUCUUGCAUGUCCUGCAGGCGCGGAUCACGCGCGGAGCAGGCGCAGGGUAACGGGCGCAGGUGGUCAGGCGCAGGGGAAUGGACGCAGGGGAACAGGUUGGACUAAUAUGCUGAAAGGCACCCUUUCAAAUGCACUUCCGCUUCCCCUUCCCGCGCGUCCUCCAACCCGCGCCCUCCUCUCCCCCGCAAUCUCCCCCAUUCUGCCACGUGCCGUCCCCGGCCCCCCAACCCCCCCACUCGUCCUUCACCCCCUUUCCGUGCAACGCCCUCCCUCCGCUUCCCCCUCCUCCUCCGCUCCCCCUUCCCUCCACUUCCCUCUCCCCAUUGUCCCCCUUCCCCCAGUCGUCCUUCGCGUCUCACUCACCAACCUCCUGCCUUUCCUCGGCCCCUGUCGGCGCAACUCUCUCCCUCCGCUUCCCCCUCCCCCUCCGCUCCCCCUUCCCUCCACUUCCCUCUCCCCCUUGUCCCCCUUCCCCCAGUCGUCCCUCGCGUCUCUAGACGCGGACUUCUUCUCUUCGCUCCCUCGGGACCUCCAAGUCGAUCUCGACGACGCGGUGUUUGAUCUCACCAACGGGAAUGUGCUGGCAGAGUGCGGCCCAGCAGUGUCAGCAGCUCUCUCCGCCCUGUCAGCCGCCCUCACGGCUUCAGAGGGCGCUCGUGCUGCUGCCGCUGCUGCUGUGGCUGGGCUCAGGGAUGCUGCUGCGAAGCUUCCCCCUGGAGGAAGAGAACGGGCAGUGCUGGGCAGGAGGUUGAGAGCAGCAGGCAGGCGGUUCACAGGCAUGGGGGCGUACGCACAGGGGAAGGCUGCUCAGCUUGGCAAGGCAAUGGCAGCGGCAGGGGAGGCGGUAGCAGCGGGGUGCACUGAUGAUGGAGCCUCCAACUUCGACGCUGUUAGAACCUUCAAGCUCGGUCCCCUUGCAGUGGAUGUCACGCCAUCUAAGGCACUCACAGGCGCUGCUAUUGCUGCAGCCUUUGCAGUGGUGAGCUGGCAGCUGGUGACAGGGCUACAGGCAGUGGACGAGAGCUCACUGGCCUACGCCAACGACAACGCUCUUAUUCUCGCACUUUCACUGCGGGGGACCCUCCUCGUCAUGGGCUAUGGCUCAUGCCUGCUCUCUGCCUUUGCUGCGGCCGGCCUGCUUGCACUCGCGAGGGAUCUCAGCUCACAGGGAGGAGGGGAAGGGAAGUGA